UGGUCUCGAGUCACAUGUUUUGACAGGCAAAUAUGGCGGACGAGGAUCCAAACACGAAAGUUGAAAGCGGAGACGUUCCUGCAAAAGAAGAAGAACCGGAGGUAACGGAAACCGGGCAAGAAGAUGUCGCCAACAACACCGACGAGCUCCAAAAGGACAGACCGGCAGACAGCUCUUGGUCGGCGCCGAUUUUGUCGUUUGCUCGUAAAGCGACGGAGACGCUGAGCAGUGGAGUGAAUCAUUACAGCGCGGGGUUAAAGACACCUGACACAACACAACAACACUCCUCUGAUCCGGUCAAGAUAGCAGCUGUGAAGGAUCCUGUGGUGGUGGAGAGAUCGAAUCUGCUCAGCAUGAUGAAGCUCAGCAUUAAGGUGUUGAUCCAGUCCUCUCUCAGUCUGGGCCGGACGCUGGACUCUGAGUAUCCUCCUCUGCAGCAGUUCUUUGUGGUUCUGGAGCACUGCCUCAAACAUGGCCUGAAAGUGAGGAAAUCUUUCAUCGGUCUUCAGAAUAAGUCUAUCUGGGCUCCGCUGGAGAUGAUCGAGAAACUGUGCCCUGAGUCUGCUGACAUUGCCACUAGCGUGCGGGAUAUGCCGGGAAUCAAGACAGGACUUGGUCGAGCUCGAGCGUGGCUGCAUCUGGCUCUAAUGCAGAAAAAAAUAGCAGAUUAUAUGAAGGUGCUUAUAAAUAGAAGAGACCUGCUUGGGGAGUUUUAUGAGCCCGGAGCUCUUGUAAUGGAGGAAGAAGGAGCUGUGAUUGUAGGGAUGCUGGUGGGUCUCAACGUGAUCGAUGCAAAUCUGUGUGUGAAAGGAGAGGAUCUGGAUUCUCAGGUGUGUGUCAUUGACUUCUCAAUGUAUCUGAAGGAUCCACAAGCAACUGAGAGCAAACAAGACGAUUCAAAAAUGACCGCCAUACUUGACCAGAAGCACUACAUCGAAGAGCUGAACCGGCAUCUGAGCUGCACAGUGACUGAUCUUCAGGCCAAGAUGGACUCGCUGGAGAAAACCAACAGCAAACUCAUCGAGGAGCUUACAGCAGCGACGGACAGAAUCAACGCUCUGCGUGAGGAGCAAGAACAGCUUAAACAGGAAAAUGCUAAUAUUCUCCAAUCUAGUCAAAGAAAAGAGGAGGUGACUCUGCAGGACAGCCAGGUGGAGCUGGAAACAUAUCGGCAGACUCGUCAGGGUUUGGAUGAAAUGUACAGUGUGGUUUGGAAACAGUACAAGGAGGAGAAACGAAUCAGGCAGGAGCUACAGAAGGAGCUGGAGUUGCAGAUCGGCCUGAAGCAGGAAAUGGAAGUAGCCAUGAAACUCCUGGAAAAGGACACGCAUGAGAAGCAGGACACGCUGGUUGCGCUGCGACAACAACUGGACCAAGUCAAGAAUCUCAACCUGCAGAUGUUCAACAAAGCACAGGCGUCUGACCGAGUGGCCCAGAAAAAGGAGGAGGACAUGGUACAUCUGGAAAAGAAGAUGAUUCAGAUGGAGGCAGCCAUGAAGGAACUGGAACAGAGGCUUCAGAACUCAGAAGACGUGCAGAAGAACACAGAUGAGCAGCAGAACGAGAUCCGAACGGAGAUGAAGGGGAAAGUGAACGCUCUGCAGAAGCGACUCUCUGACCUCGACACACUCCGGGCAGGUCUGGAGACGGAGCUGAGCGCGGAGAAAGAACAGCGUCAGAUCCUGCAGAAGGAGCUGCAGAGAGAACAGGACAACAGUGCGGAGCUGCGCACACAACUGCAGCAACUGCAGGGCCUGCAGACGGAGCUGCUCGAUCUUCGUCAAGAGAAGCAGCAGCUCCAGCAGUUGUGUGAAGAGCAGGAACAGGCUCUACAGGAGAUGGGCCUUCAUCUCAGCCAAUCCAAACUCAAGAUGGAGGACUUCAAAGAGGUCAAUAAAGCCCUGAAGGGUCAUGCUUGGCUAAAGGACGACGAAGCUACACAGUGCAAACAGUGCCAAAAAGAGUUCUCGAUCUCUCGGAGGAAACAUCAUUGCAGGAACUGCGGAGACAUUUACUGCGGCAACUGCUCCAGUAAUGAGCUCGCUCUGCCCUCGUACCCCAAACCAGUGCGUGUGUGUGACGUCUGCCAUUCCCUUCUACUCCAGCGCAGCUCCACCGGCUCCUGACAGCACUCUGAAUGAGCACGUGUGUGUUUGUGUGUGUGUGAGAGAAACUACAGGCCGACUGCAUUAAUUAACGCUCCAUCUUUGUGUUUUUAACACGUAUGCAUUAAAGCACAGGUGUCAAAGCCAGUUCCUGGAGGGCGGCAGCUCUACACUGUUUAGUUCCAACCGUGUUUCAAACAAGCCUGAAUCAAUUAGUUUGCUCAGGUGUGUUUGAUUAGGGUUUAAACUAAACUGUAGAGCUGUGGCCCUCCAGGAACUGGCUUUGACACCUGUGUAUUAUAAGAACAUUCCACUGUUGUUGUUGUUGUUUUUAUUUGGAAAUAUUCUCAUUCCAGAGUUAAACAGUGGGGUUUUACCAUUUUUAAUCCAUUCAGCCAAUUACCGGAGGACUUUUAGCUUAGCUUAGCAUAAACCAUUAAAUUUGAUUAGACCGUUAGCAUCUCUCUCAAAUGAUUAAAGAGUUUUGAUAAUUUUCCUAUUCAAAGCUUGACUCCUCUGUAGUUACAUUAUGUACUAAGUCCAACAGCAAGUGAGAUGUUUUCUAGGUUGAUAGAGAUAGGAACUAUACUGUCAUUCCGGCAUAAUAAUCAAGGAACUUUUCUGCCGUACCACACUAUCACACAACUAUAUUACGCAGUACUGUUGUGUAAAUACUUAGCUGGAACUGUUUUAGGGGCUACAUAAUAUUGUUGUGCCUGCUAUCAUUGCACGGCAAUGAAGUUCCUUGAUUAUUACGCCACAAUAAGUGUAGUUCCUAUCCAUAUUGACCUAGAAAAUCUUUCAUUUUCCAUCGAUCUUAGUGCACAAUAUAACUAGAGAAGAGUCACGAUUUAUAUAGGAAAAUUAUCAAAACUCUUUGAAUUUUUUUUUUUUUUUUGAGAGAUGCUAAUGGUCUUUUCUCAUUCAAUAACUUAUGCUAAGCUAAGCUAAAAGUGCUCUUGCCAUACCAGAGAUUUGCUAUAUAGAUUUAAAUAGUCAAACUCAACAGUGAAACUUUUGAAGAGUAGUGAAGUGAGUCCAUUUCCCUGCCAAAAAAGUGGAACUAACUUUGACACCUGUGUAUUAUAGGAACAUUCCACUAUUGUUGUUUUUUUUUAGGCUAAUUUCACAACUCCUCUUGUGUUGUUAAACAGUCGAGUUUUACAAUUUUUGAAUCCAUUCAGCCAAAUAUCCAGGUCUGGCAGAAGCAUUUUUAGCUUAGCGUAGCAUACAUCAUGAUCAUUGUAAAAAAAGUGGGGUUUUACAAUUUUUAAUCCAUUCAGCCAAUUACCGGAGGACUUUUAGCUUAGCAUAAACCAUUGAAUUUGAUUAGACCGUUAGCGUCGCUCUUAAAUGACUAAGGAGUUUUGAUAAUUUCCUAUUUAAACCUUGACUCUUCUGUGGUUACAUCGUGUACUAAAAUCAACAGAAAAUGCAUAGUUGACCUUUUCUUGGUUGAUAUGGAUAGGAACUAUACUGUCAUUCCGGCAUAAUAAUAAUCAAGGACCUUUGCUGCCGUACCACACUAUCACACAACUAUAUUACGCAGCACUGUUGUCUAAAUACUUAGCAGAAACCAUUUUAGGGGCUACGUUAUAUUGUUACGCCUGCUGUCAUGGUAUGGCAAAUACACGGCAAGUUCUUUGAUUAUUACGCCACAAUGAGUAUAGUUCCUAUCCAUAUCGAUCUCGAAAAUAGCAACUUUUAUUUUCAAUUGAUAUUAAUACACAAUAUAACUACAGAAGAGUUACGAUUUAAACAUUAUCAAAAAAAAAUGUUUGGUUUUGUUUGAGAUGCUAAUGGUCUAAUCUCAUUCAAUGACUCGUGCUAAGCUAAGCUAAAAGUGCUCUUGCCAUACCAGAGAUUGGCUUAUUAGAUUCAAAAAGAGUCCAAUUCAAUAAUUUAACUCUUGAAGAAUUGUAAAGCGUGCCCAUUUCCCUCCAAAAAAAGUGGAAUGUUCCUUUAGUUUAUUUGUGUUAAUACACCGGCUUUCUUUUGGCUAAGAGCUUUGUCUAUUGCAAAAUCAUAUCAACAGGAGGACGCUUGAAGGAAUCUGAAAUUAACAUCAGUGUGAAUGUAUUUAUAACUAGUCUCCAACUAACACGCAUAGGACUUCCAGGUGUUCGCCAAGCAUAAAUGCUUUUUUUUUUGAUACCCUUCAAGCUUUUAGGUCUGGAGUUGCAUCUCCAUUUGUAAUGUUUUUGUAAAUUGAUUAGUCUUUAUUUAAGACCUGGCGUAACUGAAUUAUAAUCAAGCGCACUCAUUUGAAGUGUCUGUGCUGUUAACAUGGACACUGUGCAUGUCUAUCAGAAAUAUCACUAGCAGAACUCACCGCUCAAAACAACCGGGACGGAUUCUUAAUGAAGUUAGUCACCAUGUUUAUUCCUCACACUAACAAUUAAAUCAAUCACAAAGUCUAUAAAGGACUUUAACAGUUUGCAAGACUAAAGAGCAAAUGGAUUGUAUUUUCGUCAGCAUUUGUUUUGUUUUUGCUUAUAUCAGUCUAAAAAGAAAAAUAUAUAUAUAUUUUUUUUUUUUUACAAAACUUUUUAAGGCUCUCCGAGUAUAAAAAGUGUAUAUUUUAGACUGUAUGACAGAUCCUCGUGUUGUACACUCCUGUUCAUAAAGCUGUAAUGAAGUUUCUGGAGAUUUUAUAGAAUUGUGUACGGUUUAAUAAACACUGCCGCAAACGUA